AUGGGCUCCAGCAAAUUUCCUCUAGCAAACGAAACUGGGGAGGAAUCCACAUACGGCGGAAGUGAUGAGGGUGCCGCCGGCUCGAGCUCAAGCUCCGGGCCCGUCUUGAGCACAGGAGGGAUGAUUGCGAUCAUCGUAGUAAUUGUUAUCGUGGCAAUAUUAGGUGCAACGAUGGCGACACUAUUCUUCAUCGCUAAGAGGCGAGAAUGGACAAUGAAGGAAACCCUCAGACGAUCAGCACGCAGAGUGAAGACAGCACUUACACCCAGGCGAACCGAGUUCCCUGACUAUGUCAAGAAUGGUCCUAUCUCUUCCCAUCGAGCGCGUACCAGACUUGCAGAUGUUCCCCCAACCCCACGGCUGCGUCCAGAGGAUAUCGAAAAGGCCAUGGCUAAGUCAGAGGUGAAGAGCAAAGGUCCUAGGUGGCCUGGAAAAUAA